CUGUCACUUGACGGUAUCCUCCACUUGGAGGUUUUAGAUCAUUCAUUCUCUGGUGAAAAAUUCAUGGAUUUCGUUGCUGGUGUACUGGACCAAAUGCAGCCCUGGCCCAUGCCAAACUCGGUGUUGGUCAUGGACAAUGCAAGUAUCCAUAAAGUUUAA